AUGGCAACUACAACCGCAAUCGAUACUAAAUUAAAAGAAGCUUUACCAAUAUAUGAAAAACUAAAAAAUGAAUGGAGCCGUAAGCCUCCAAAUGUUGGCAAAACCGAUGAAUUGCUCAAUGCAUUAAAAAAUUUAUUUGCCGAAGGUGGAUUUUAUCCAUCCGAUUCGAGUGAAGAUACACGUGGUUUACAUGUUGCACGUGAUACACUUGAAAUUGCUGCUCAAUGUGCAAUUCAAAAAGGUGAUAUACCAGCAUUUGAACGAGCUCUUGCUCAACUGAAGCCAUUCUAUUUUGAUCUUGAAAAUCGAAUACCUGAAUCACCAUAUCGUUAUCUAUUACUGGGUUUGAAUCUACUUUGUUUACUUUCACAAAAUCGUCUAGCUGAUUUUCAUACGGAAUUGGAAUUACUUUCACCAAAAAUCAUUCAAACAAAUCCAUACAUAAAGCACCCUGUUUCAUUGGAGCAGUACCUGAUGGAAGGAAGUUAUAACAAGGUUUUUCUUGCUAAAGGAAAUGUCCCAUCGCCUCUGUUCACUUUCUUUAUGGAUAUUCUUCUUAAUACUAUUCGUGAUGAAAUCGCUUAUUGUAUGGAAAAAUCUUAUCGACAAGUGUCGUUAAAUGAAGCUGCACGCAUUCUUUAUUUAAAUAAUCCAGAAGAAUUAGCCGAAAUAACGAAAAAACACGGAUGGAAAUUAGAAUUCGAUCAAUCAUUUCGUUUUGCUGACAAUCAAAUAAAACAUGAAAAUGAACGUGUACCUGCUGAUGAAAUCGCAACACAAAUGAUUCAGUAUGCACGUGAAAUGGAAAUCAUCAUCUAA